GUUUUCGUUAUUAUUCUUCACCCUACGGAAGCUAGCUAGCUAACUCGGGCUAGCAGUGAUGCUCAUUUGUGAUACAGCUAAUCAUCGCUGUAUACCUGAGCAGUUAAGUAGUUUUUUCAAUGAUAGUGCUGUCUAAUGCCGAUUAAUGUGUUGGUGUUUUUGCUUACUUGUUCACCUACACUUUAAGCCGUCUGUGUAAUUGCCAGCCCCAGAACAGCCGCUGAAACCGGAUGAAAUGGACGGCGGUCAGGGCAGUUUUAUCCAGCAGGAUGAAGGCAGGGGUAAUCAGGACGCUCAGCCAUCUCCCCUCGACCUGCUAGCAACGACCUGCACUCAGGUUGAGUCGCCAUCGUCAGAGGUGAACAGAGGUGCUGCAGCUGAUGUGGCAUCAGAGCCUUCUUCUCAGCUUACUGGGACUGAGAAAUGGGAAGUGCUAACUCCCACAACAGCAGCAAAGGAUGAUUCUGGAAUAAUACAGAUUCAGAGUCAAGGAAUAUUAACAUCAAAUGGACAGUACGUACUUCCCCUCCAAAACUUACAGAGUCAGCCAAUCUUUGUGGCGUCUGGCACAGACACCUCCUCUGCCAAUUCAGUGCCUAACAUUCAGUACCAAGUGAUUCCUCAGAUCCAGACAGCAGACGGACAUCUGAGCUUCUCCACUUCCGGUGUGGAGGGACCAACUCUGACUCAGGACGCCACAGGGCAGAUUCAGAUCUUGUCCGAUGGUAGCCAGAGUCUCAAUGUGGCAUCGUCUGCAAACAUCCUUAACAACCAAAACCUCAUUUCACAGACUGGCAGCAUCCAGCACAUUCAAGGGGUGUCAUUUGGCGGUUCCACUUUUAACAACCAGGGCCAGGUUGUUACCAACGUGCCUGUGGGUCUGCCCGGGAACAUUACUUUUCUUCCUAUUAACAGUGUUGACUUGGACUCCCUUGGCCUGUCGGGCGCUCAGACUAUAGCAACGGGGGUCACUGCUGAUGGCCAGCUGAUUAUGGCAAACCAACCAGGAGAUAACUCGGAGAGUUUGAACAAGACAGAUGAUCACCUCUCACAGACUCUACCGGGACAUAACUCAAAUGCAAAUACUGAGAUAUUUGUGCCAACGUCUUCCUCUCAGCUACACGUUCCAGCAAACGAAGCCGGUCUCCAUACGCAAGAUCCUUCAUUACAAUCGGUGGCUGCAGAGCAAGCAGACUCCAGUGCUGCUCUCCAAGAAAACUUCCUCCAACAGAAUCAGGAGCAGAAUGUCCAGGUUUCCUCAGCUCAGCCCCUCAUCCAGCUGCAACAGGUGCCUAUUCAGACCACCAACGGCCAGAUGGUUCAGUCUGUCACUGCAGGAGGACAGAACCUGCAAAAUGUCCAGCUCAUCAACCCUGGAACCUUCAUCAUUCAAGCUCAGACAGUCACCCCAUCGGGUCAGAUACAAUGGCAGACCUUUCAGGUACAAGGAGUGCAGAAUCUCCAGAACCUCCAGCUGCCGACAUCACCCCCCCAGCAGAUAACCCUGGCACCGGUCCAGACCCUGUCUCUGGGCAGCAUCGGUGCCGGUCAGAUCCCAAACCUGCAGACGGUGACAGUCAACUCAGUGGGCCAACAGGAAGGAGGAGGAGACGCAGCAACCCCAGGAGAUAUUCGGAUAAAGGAAGAACCGGACUCUGGAGACUGGCUGAGCGCAGAUUCCACCCUGAACGCCAACGACCUGUCUCACCUCCCCGGCAGGCUGGGAGAGGAAGAGGAUCAGCUCGGUCAGGAGGGCAAGAGGCUGCGCAGAGUAGCGUGUACUUGUCCCAACUGCAAAGAGUCGGGCGGGAGAGGGUCCAGCACGGGGAAAAAGAAGCAGCACAUCUGCCACAUCGUGGGCUGUGGGAAGGUGUACGGGAAAACGUCGCACCUGCGAGCACACCUGCGCUGGCAUUCGGGAGAGCGACCUUUCGUCUGCAGCUGGAUGUUCUGUGGGAAGAGGUUCACACGCAGCGACGAGCUGCAGAGGCACAGGAGAACACACACAGGAGAGAAGAAGUUCGUCUGUCCCGAAUGUUCCAAGCGCUUCAUGCGGAGCGACCACCUGGCGAAGCACAUUAAGACCCAUCAGAACAAAAAGGGCGUGAACUCUGGCGGCACCGUGGUGGCCUCCAUGGAGUCGGCGGGCUCCUCUGACAGCAUCAUCACGGCGGGCGGAACCACCCUCAUCCUCACCAACAUCCAGCAGGGCUCGAACAACGCCCAGGACAUACUGGCCAACGCAGAGAUCCCCCUCCAGCUCGUCACCACGGUCGCCGCCAGUGGAGUUAUGAAGUGAUUUCCUCCCACGGACUUCUGCGUCUCUCAUACUGUAUACUCCAACUUGCAUUUUUAUUCAAGUUUUGAAGGAAAAUUCUAGAUUAUAUAUAAAUAUAAAUAUAUAUUUUACCACAGAAAUAGUCCAUCCCCAUCUUUAGUUUCCAUAGAGGAAAAACAAGCAAGUGGAGACUAAAAGGUGGAAAAGACAUUGCAGUAAAUACACAAAGAAAUGCCUUAUUUUGUACAAUAUUGUGUAGUUUAAAUGCCACUUUGUUUAAAUUCACUUAUCUGUCAAUUAUGUAUUUCUGGGAAACGUUAUCGCUAUGUCAAGCAAAUAUAUUCUCACGUUUUGUUGCUAUUAUAUCUGGAUAAUGUUUCAGUCAUUUUUAAAGAGAGGCUCAGACCCAACGGCAGAGCAAAUUUUAUGCAGCUGAAGUGAAUCUAUUAAGUCCAUGCAAAGAUUUCUUUUGUUUUUAAUAUUUUAAUUAUCAUUAUUAUGCAUUGUUUUUUAGCAGUCAGCCUGCGUCCAAAGUUAUUGUUCAUCCAGAUUGCAUAUAUAUAUAAGAAUUUAUUCACACCUACAACAUUAAGCAGGUGAGAAUGGAAAAGCAAUCAAAUUUUUUACAUACUUUUGAACAUUGAAAGUGUAUUUGUGAUAUCUAAAAUUAAAACAGCUCCAUUCUGCAUAAUUCACAUGUUUUUGUACCCUUUUUGGAAAAACAAAAAUCUUGGGAAGAAAGAUGUGUUGUAAUAUUAAAAGAAAAAAAGCCAUUUACUUUGGAGAUAUUUGCCAAAUUUGACUCCAAACUCAGGGUGACUUGACUGCGUGCUGCAAGUAGAGGAAAUCACCCGUAUAGUUUCUCAGUCCAUAUUUCUGUUUAGUUUUUGUCUCACAUUUUUCAAACAGCAUCCUAUGCUGUCAUCAUGCCAUGUUAAUAUAUGUAUUAAAUCACUUUUUUAUAUAUAUAUAUAACAAACUGUUUUGCAAAAGUUUUACCUUUUUUCUUUUUUUUCAUUGGUCCUAUCAUGAUAUCAAGAAUUGAUUAUUGAAAGUGGUACUUGUCAGCAGCACUGUUUUCAUCACUUUAAUCUUGUUAUAUCCUCUUGGUUUUAAAUGUUUUGUUGGAAACUCUCUAUUAAGCCCAGCAGUGUCAUUUUAUUUCAAAUGUUUUACAUUCCCUGUUUUUUUUUUUCCCAUCUUACACAAUGUUUUAAUCUCUUGUUUGAUCCCAAACUGUAAAAUGAAAUGCACAUGCUCACUGAGUGGUGGUUUUAAUGGUGACGUGGGAAAGUUUGGUCUUUUUUCUUUGUGAUCUAUUCUCCUUUUUUUUUGGCCAUUCAGGCUUCUUUGGGAGUUUUCUCCAACAUGCUAAAUAAAACCUGCAGCAUAUUAAUGUUCUUUACUAGAUACUGAAGGUUGAUCUUUAUUACACUCUUCUGUAAAAAAAACAAAAAAACUUGUCAGCAUAUAACAUCAAUACAGAUAUUUUCUGUUAACCUGUCAAUGCCCUUUCUGCUUUAUUUUAACAUUCUGACCUUUUUAAUAUAACUCAGUGCAACCAUC